ACCGGAACGUUUAUGAACAUAACAGCGUUUCUGCUGCGAAAAAGUGAAUACUCACGAGACCAUAAUCUUCUUCUUCUUCGCACAUAAAAUCAUCCUCGCCAUCUGACAUUUUCAGAAAUACUUAAAGACUUCGAAUAUUAGAAAUAAAAAAUUCACGCUACCCUGUUGACAACCGCAAGAUCGAACCAGUUUGUAUUUUGAAAUUCACAUGCGUGCACUAACCCUAUACAUGUGCAGUGCUGUGUGCAACUUGCAUCACCUAAAAGAUAUUUUGUCAAUAUGGUUCUAUUAUUCCACAAUAUUUUCGAUGAAAUGCCUAUAAUUGUCAAAUAAUUACUAUUUUAAGCUUACCUAUGUGAAAACGAAUAAAUCAAUUUUACUUAAACUCUUUUUAUCUUUGGUGAAAGGUAAAGAAAAAUAAUCAUGACGUUGGCCUGCUGAUUUGUCAAGUUCUACCUAAUUUCACUCUCUGCUGUAUGUUUUUGUCGGUGUGCUAGGUUAUGUUUCUCGAUUCAAAAUGGUUAAUAGUAACGAGAUAUCAAACGAAAAUGAACCAAUACUUUAUGAAUUGCUUGAAUAUUUUGUUCGGAAACAGGAACCGGAAUUAAUUAAAUGCAAAAACGAUGCUAUAAUAUUACCAACAACUGGAACAAUUAAAAAUGCACUUAGGUAUUUGAAUAAUAGGUACAGCCUACCAGAAAGCAUAUCACAACAAAAUAAUCUCACUUUACCAUGGAAAUUUGCAAUUGGGGAUUCUGGUAGACUACUUGCUAUUUUACAAGAAAAUGUCAUAGAAAUUCGAAAAGCAAAAGAUGAGUACUCAUCGGUUGUUGGAAAAGCAUCUGUUCCAAAAGAUGCUUUUCCACACUGGCGCAAAUUAUCUUGGAGUCCAGAUGGAACACUUUUAGUAUUAGCAUCUAGUAAUGGUUACACUUCUUUUUAUAAUGCUUUGGGGAACAAUAUUUUUAACAUAAGUCCAAAAACAUUUUCUCAAAAUCCUCAGAUUUUAGAAGCUGGUGAUGCAAUAGUUUCUAUGAUAUUUCUUAAGCCCAGGACAAAAUCUGAAAGAUGGCUGUAUGAGUUUAUGUUAAUUACAUACAGCGGUCUACUCAAAUGUUACCAUGUUUCAUUGAACAAUGGAUACGAAGCAAAUUAUGAAUUUUCUUUUGGUAAUUUUUAUAAAAAUGGUGUCAAUGCAGUUGCUUAUGAUCAGACACAUUGCAUAUUCUAUGUUGCUGGAAAUACUACUACUCAAAAAUUAAUGUCAACAGCUUCGGAGAGUGGUUUAACAUCUUGGAGACCCUUAAAUGAUUAUCCCUACUUCAAAUUAUCAUUUGCUUUCGACAAUGAAUCAACAACUAAGUCAAGAUUUUCUAUAUGGAACAUUAUUCCCUCAUUGAAUUUUCAACCAGAAUCUAUUAUAUUCAAAAUAAAAAUUUCUCCAAAUAGUCAAUUUUUAACAUGCUUGCAUACCGAUGGUUCUAUAUCCUUGUGGGCAUUACCAAAUUUAAUAUUACAAAAGAAAUGGAAAUUAACAGAGCAACCAGAUUUUAAUAUACCUAAUCCAUUGGGACCUGCAAAGUUAAAAAAAUUUCCACCAGGUUUUACAGAAUUUCAACCAUUAGAUAUUGGUUGGUGGUCUGAUCAGGCACUUAUAAUUGCAAGAUAUGCUGGGUCUACUUCUGUAUGUGCUACUACAAAUUUGAAGAAUCUUUUAGGAAUGAGCCCAGAAUUUCUAGCUGGGCAACCACAAAUAUGUGAACUUGGUUCAGAACGUGGUUUUUUAUGUUUGGAUUGUGAAACUUUUAUAACCAGUAAAAAACGAAACAGAGAAUCUAAUGUAGAGGGUCAAAUAUCAGAGGCUUCGUCAGAAAGUGAGGAUGAAGAUGAUGAGUUAGAACCAGUCAGCAUAUUGAAUUAUACCACGAAUUUAAUGCAAACUACUUUGUACUCUAUAACAGAUAUUGAAAGAUUUCAACCAAAAAGAAAAAAAUCGAAAAUAUUAUUUAGAACAUACAGGAUGCUUGGUUUGAAGAGUACAACGCCUGAAGAACUGUAUUCAAGAAAAAUUGAUAUAGAAGAAUAUGAAGAAGCUUUGGCUUUAGCUAAUAAAUACAACUUAGAUACUGAUCUAGUUUAUCAAACACAAUGGCGGAAAUCAAAAUUAUCUUUGAGUGCUAUCCAAGAACAUUUAAGUAAAGUUACCAAAAGAUCUUGGGUCUUACAUGAAUGUAUAACACGGGUUCCGGAUACUAUUGAGGCAGCAAGAGAAUUAUUGAAUUUUGGAUUAAAAGGUGCCAACUUAGAAACACUGAUAGCAAUAGGAACAUGUGAUAAUGGGAAAUUUGUAACAGACAAUACAGAUGAAGACUGGAGUGACAUGGAUGAAGUUAGUGUAAGUUUACGACAGAUACAAAAGACAAAUGAAUUGCUCGAUAAGAUUGACCUCAAUCAUUUAUCCGAUGCUCAGAUUGAUUUAAUUAAAUAUAGAAGAAAGCUUCUAGAUCAUUUGGACAAAUUACUCACGUACGAAGUUAUUUUGGGAUCUUCGUUAAAAUAUGAUAAAGACUUUUACGAAGAAUUUCGACAACUUUCAGCGCUUGAAAAUGCGAUUAGAUUUGCCAAAGAUGGUGAUUGCCAAGGGGUUGAAAUUAUGUUCACUUAUUAUGGAGAAAAUUUGCUACCUCACUGGCUAGCAAUCAUCAGUUUCUUUCCAGAAACAUUAAAUCCAUUGAAAUAUAUGAAGCUUCUACCAAAAUGCGAUACUGAUGGCCAAUUGUUUUUGCUUGAUCAACGAGAAUUGCGACAAAAGGAUUGGUCCGAGAAGACUGAAAUUAACAAAGUAAUUAAUUUUGAAAAUGACGAUAAAUCGGAACUUCUUUAUGAAUCUGACCCUUCGUUAUCCAUAUAUAGAAAUACCUUGCUUACCCCGGAGUUGUUACAAAAAUGGUACGAAUCGAGAGCCUAUCAAAUUGAGAGAAAUAGUUAUAUGGUUGACAAUGCUUUGCAAUUAAUCAAAAUUGCGAAAUCACAUAACAUAAACGAUUUAGAAAAUUUACUGUUAGAUUUAGAAACAUUAGACGACUUAAUUUACAAAAUUUAUAUAGAAGAUCUGUCUUUGGACCAAUUACAAAAGUUAUCCAAUUUAGAGAAAAUUAAAUUGUUAAUGAGCACAACCGCAGAGAAAAGUUUUGUUGACGAUGUCAAGAGUUUUGUACUUCCAUUUAUAAAAAGAAGACAUCACUAUUUGGACGGAGAACUGCAGAGGCAUUUGCUUAGUGAUUAUUUAAUAUGCAUUAGUAAAGAAAAUCUAAAAUUAUCUGUAAAAUUCUUCGAAUAUUUGAAGACGUCACAAGAUAAUGAAAUUCUGCAAAUGAUAGAGGACAUUGCCACUUUGGCACUGGAUUGCUUAUAUGCCUGCAACGAUCCAAAUAUGUACGAAAAAGCUACUUGUAUCGUUGAUUCCAUUGCAAAAAAUCGAGAUGGAAAGAGAAGUAGUGGAAUAAGCUCGUUGCUCGAAGAACUAGAUAGAGAACUCGAGUGUACAAGGAUUUUAAAUAGAUACGGUGUUAAAACCACCUUGAAUGCGUUGAGAAAAAAUAAGAGCAACCCCGAGUCUGCGAAAGAAUUAUUAAUUCAAAUGGCAAGACGUUUGAAUAAAAAGGUUCCACCUCCCGAUGAACAACAUUGGGCACAGCUAUUGAAUGAUAUGUUGGAAAUUCAUGGUUUAGUCUUUUCCUGCGUCGACAUAGAAAUAUGUUUUGAAAUCUGUGUGUCAACUCGACUCGUAUCAGGCGUUAAGUCCAAUAUACAAAGUUGCGCAGCACUAAUUGAAACCAAGAAACAUGAGCAAUCUUUAUUAAAAGUGCCCUAUGAAAAAGCUGUGAACUUAAUUCUCGAAGCCAGUAGAGAAUAUUUUAACAGUUCCAAUUCCCUCACCGAUUCUAGCAUGGAACUCGCUAAAGCCUGUCUUCAUCUGAUUGAAGACGAUAAUACACAAAUCAAGGAAGAAUAUGAUCUCAUCAAUUCUCUCCAAAUAUUGAAUGAAUUUAAGAUUAAUAUAUUACCGCUUCAGGUCAGGUUAAUGCAAGACAGGUUAAAGUUAAUAGAAGACUGCUUAAAUAAACGGGAAGAUGCUCACAAAAAUCGUCAAAGAUUAUUAACAUUGGCAACUUAUCUGCGAAUUGAAAUGAAUAACAGCAGAGCGAGGGAAGGGAAAGUUUUAGAAUUGAUAGCGAAGAAAGCGUUAGAGAUUAAAGACUUUAGUGUUUGCGCUGCUACGUGUCAGCAGUUGAUGGAUAAUAAUUAUAUUCCUGCCUGGACAGUUGCUUUGGAUUUAGGGUACUGCGACGAGUAUAAUGAUCUAAAGACUAGACAGAAAUGUUUAUGGUUUGUAAUAAGCAAAGGGCCUGACGACAUAUUAAGCAAAGCGCUGGACCAAAUACAUUUGAUAGAAAUACAAAUGUUACAUAAAGAUUUAGAGUUAUGGAUACCACCUAAUGAAUCCGUUAACCCUAAUGACGCUGAUGACGUUGAUAGCGAAGAGGAAUUCAUAGAUGCAGUGACCACGCCUCAGGUAGAAACAAAAGAAUUUGUUCCAAAAGUGUUGGAAGCUUCUACAGAUAUAGUCAAGACUUCCGCAAAUAUUAUGAAAGUAUCAACAUUCGGUUUAAUAAAAAAUAUAAGCGAUAAGAAUUUCUGGAAGUCUAGAUUAACGCUUGGUUUAGCGAGUAGCCAAGACAAUGACGCAGAAUAUGAUGAUCAGGAAAAUCAUGAGGACGAUGACAAUGUCCAAAGUUUUCCUUGCUUUUACGAGUGUGUACACGAGAAAGGUAGACUUAGCACUCUGGAUACUAAGUACGUAAAUUAUUCAAUGCCAGAUAUACAGAAUACAAAAUUGAAAUGCUGUCGCGCCUUCUUGAGAAUAGCCAUGUUAAGCGAAUCAUCUUGUUAUGGCUUGGAAGUGAGCGACAUUAAUCAUUUAUUUUUAGAGUGUGCAAAGCAUACGAUACGGGAAGAUUGGUUGUUAGGAAUGUCUUAUUUAUUCAGUACACACAGGAACUGUAUAAAAGAUACACAGAAUCUUUUAACCGAACUACCGCAAACAGAAUUGUACAUUCAAACUGCAAUGUACUAUUACUCUUUGGAGUUAUACAAAAGAUUACAUAAGAACAUUGAGAAUUUAUAUUUAUUUAGUCCACUAAGUUUAAUACGGAAAAUGAUAAAUGUAGCAAGUAAAAGUAAACAAACUGAACUGUACGGGGGCUUGAGGUAUUGGCAAGCACGUUUGUUUAAUGACCAAAACGUAGAUGACUUCAUAUUCUUUGAUUCGAAGCAAGUCAUUGAAGACAAUGGUAAUAGGAAAGAUUAUGAGGGAAGCUUUGAACAAAAUAAUGAUCUCAUUGAAAGUUCAACUGCAAUCUCUGAAGAAUUUAAAGAGGGACAAAAAUUGAAUGAAAAAUCAGUUUCUGAACUUGAUGGACGGAAAGGAGUGCAAGACUCUGACGCCAAAGAUGAAAUGGAAUGGACAGACGACUGGGGAAAUUUUUCUGACGAGGAUGCAGCAGAAGCAACAGAGGACAAACAAAACAUUCCAAAACAAAAAUCGUACAUAGAUAGUGAUAUUUUACUGUCAAAAGAAACUAGCGACUGUGCGACAGAAAAGGACCGCUUUGAAGCAUUCGAGAGGGUGUAUGAUAAAAUACAAAGUGUGGAUCAUUACUAUGAAAUUAAAGAAAUAUUAUUGAAUUGGCCAAAAUUUUGCAAUCCUGAGUACACAACUGUCGACAGACAUCCAAUUUUAAAAAUGAUGAAACUGAUUAGUCUAUACAUAAAAGACAAGGAUAAAAAUAAGCAUAAUAAACAAAUAUUUCAAGAAUAUAAAGAUUUAAUGGAAGCCUUAUCUUCACUAGAUACAUUUAAAGAAUUCUUGAACAAAGAAGAAAUUCCUCUAGAUCAUGCAAUUUAUAUUAGAUUAGAGAUGGAUGAUCCAGUACUUCACGAAGAAGCAGUAAAUAUUCUCAAGGAAAGGCAUAAAGAAAUUACGUUGUCGGCGCCAAUAUUGGAAGCAUUAUUCUUAAAGAAUUUAACAAUAUCAUUUGAUCCGAAUCACGAUGUAUACGGACGAAUUAUUGAGCAUGUUCUCGUGAAUCAAUCUUUAACCGAUACAAGAGAAAAUGCGGAAAUCCUCGUGCAGGAAUUAAAGAAAAAAAAUCAUAUAUCUCACGCUUUAUGUAUAAUCAAAUUGAUGGAAGACAUACCGCCAUCUUUGUGCACAUUCGACACUUGUUUUGAACUACUUAUGAAAAAAUAAUCGCUUGUACGGCUGUUUUUACGAGAACUGUGAUUUCAAUUUGAAUAAGAAUGUAAAUACGCUAUAAUUUAAUGUUAUAUUAUUUGCCAAGUGUGAAAGGCUAGUUAAGAAGAAAGGAAGGAACUUUUUCGAUGGAUACGGAAUUGGCACAAAGCUUUUACUUCGCGUGUAUAUCGUACAAUCCUUUAAAAUAACAUUGUACAUAUUUAAAAUAUUUAUUACGCAAUGUUCUUUGUAAAUAUAAA